GGCGGCUCCUCCGCGCCUCGGCCGAGGCCCCGGCGGGGGCCAUGGGCACGGCGGGCGGCGGCGGCGGCGCCCUGCGGCUGCCGGGGCUGCACGGCUACGCGGCGGAGUUCUCGCCCUACUGGCCGGGGCGCGUGGCCUGCGCCGCCGCGCAGUACUACGGCAUCGCAGGUUGUGGAACUCUGGCAGUGCUGGAACAAAAUGAAGCUGGCAUUGUUCUGCUCAGGAGUUUUGACUGGAAUGAUGGCCUGUUUGAUGUGACCUGGAGUGAGAAUAAUGAACAUGUGUUGAUCACUUCUAGUGGAGAUGGAUCUCUGCAAAUCUGGGAUACAGCUAAAACCAAAGGUCCGCUGCAAGUCUAUAAAGAGCACACUCAGGAGGCAUAUAGUGUUGACUGGAGCCAAACUAGAGGAGAGCAGCUAGUGGUGUCUGGUUCAUGGGAUCAAACAGCCAAGCUGUGGGAUCCAGCUGUGGGGAAGUCAUUAUGCACUUUUAAAGGCCACGAAGGGGUCAUUUACAGCACUAUAUGGUCUCCACACAUCCCAGGUUGUUUUGCAUCUGCCUCAGGUGACCAGACUUUAAGAGUUUGGGAUGUGAAAGCCCCAGGAGUCAAACUUGUGAUACCAGCCCACCAGGCUGAGAUCUUGAGCUGUGACUGGUGCAAAUAUGAUGAGAACUUGCUGGUAACUGGUGCAGUUGACUGUAGCUUGAAAGGCUGGGAUUUGCGGAACAUCCGGCAACCAGUGUUCAUCUUGCUUGGUCAUACCUAUGCUAUCAGAAGAGUAAAAUUUUCACCAUUCCAUGCAACUUUAUUGGCAUCUUGCUCCUAUGAUUUUACUGUGAGAUUCUGGGACUUUUCCAAGCCUAACCCUUUGCUGGAAACAGUCGAGCAUCAUACUGAAUUUACAUGUGGACUGGAUUUAAGUCUUCACAACCAUGGUCAGGUGGUGGACUGUGCUUGGGACGAACUAGUCAAGAUCUAUACUCCGUCAUGUCUAGCAGUUCCUGUUAGAGAAAAAGUGAAGAUCUGACACACCAGGAACCUCUCUUUCUUCCUCUACAACCAGACUUGUGCUGAAGUGUCAGCUGUGUCACUAAUCUUAGUGACUAAUCUUAGUCUCUUUAAGUAAAACUCUGCUUGAACGGAGUGUUGUGUGCUUAAGCAUGUGGAGAUUUUAGGGUUUGGUUUACAGUACAGGUAGUACUUGAGCCAGCAAAACGUUCAACAGCUACUGAGUGGCUGUAGCAGGUAUGAGCUGGUGUCUUCAGAGUAGAAUCACCAACACAAUAUUGUGACCUGUCUGGCUAAUGACGAGAGCAGAGGCCUGAAUCUUCUUGAUCCUUACAAAGAGUAAAAGUAACUGGCAGUGUAUUUUGAGAGAUUGUCACUGUAGAAAAGACAAGACAAAAGCGGCUUUUCACUGUAAUGUCAACUGAGGUUUGUACCACUUGAAUGCCUUUAUAUUUAUAUGUUUUGCUGUGACUCACAUUGCAUUAUUUUCUUGUUCAAUAUGACGAAUACUCCUGAUAGACAGUAAAUGCCAUAGUUUAUAGCCAGCUGAUUCAUUUGACCUUUUUGAUAGCCUCUUCACAAAGAUGGUAAAGAUUAUUUUCAUACAUUUUUUCUGUUAGAUCUCCUUGAGUAAAACAGUUGAUGAAGUCAUGCAGAAAGAUACUCUGAUGAUAGAGAAAACGCUUAGGAAAAAAUGAAAUACAUACAACAGUAAUUGGAUCGCAGUUCUCAAGAUUUAGAGAUAGGACAACCAUCUCUUCUAUCAGACUUGUCUUCUAUUUUCACUUAAAGUUUUUCCAAGAGAUAGAAAAGGAAUGUGGCCGUAUAUUCAGUGUUUCUGACAGCCUGACCAAAGUGAGAACUGAUGUCCAGACCAGUUGAACCUGCAUACAUGCAGAUUAACUGCAUGACAUAAGCAUAGCAGAUCCAGUGUGGCCAAGCUGUUAUACUUAAAAAAUAUGCGCAACGUUUUAUAGGUAUGUUGAGUACUUCACAUGCCCGCUUUCACUCCUCAGCCCACAUGCUGGUAUUUUCAUCUGAGUUUUUCUGGGGCAAGUAGAGAUGUUCAGUUUUUGUGCUUCUCUAGUCUCCUUUAAAUACUCUUUCAGGAUCCAACUGUGAUACUCCUGCAGUUCUCAUUGGUAUGUGUUAGGCUUCUCCCCUGGUUUCCUGCUCGCUUUUUUUUUUUUUUUUUUUUUUUAACCUUCUUAAAGCUGUCUCCCUUCUGCUGUUACCCCAUAUCAACAAUCUGUAUCAUAAAAAGACUCUUUACAAGUCAGGGUCUUUGCAGAUCUUUGGUCGGGUUUUCCUAGUCUCCUGCUAAUGAAUGCUGUACACUUCGGGGUUGCACCACUCAUAUAUCAAGCAAUAGCAGACACUGCCAGAUCUGUUGGAUGCUUUGAAGAAAUGAAAGAAAGAAUUCAGCAGACCUAAGAGCUGCAAGUUGCAAGGAAAGAAUGAUUGUGCUAUCUUGGAGAAAGAGCCAGGGAACUAGCAGGUAGCCACAGAGAGAUAAGCAUAUAUUGAUUUGGUGUUAGGGCAAGACAGAAAGAAACCAUCUUCUGCAACAUGAGAAUUUGGAUCCUGAUAGGAUCUUAUCUUUUUCUGAGUCAGUGCAAACUGACCCAGAAUGCCAUCUGCUCAAGCUGAAUUAAUAACAAAAAGUAGAUUUUCUUUUUUUGUGAUAGUGUUGCACCAAAUUCCAGAUGUUUACUGCACUUCAAUUCUGUGUGCUGAGGAAUGAUGCAACGAUAAAGCUGUGCUGCAUACAGCUUUCAGCAGUACCAUGGCCCAUGAAAUCUAAUUUUAGGCAUUAAAAUUGAUUAUUUCAACUUUAAUAGUUACUCUACUCUUCUGCUUUAUCACUGUUUUCUGCUUAGACUACAAGUUACUUGUCUGAGUGAGUGGAACAUUUUGGUGGUGGGUAUGUAUUUUAUAUGUGUAUUUCUGGGGGGAGGUAGAGGGGAGGAUAUUCCAGAAUGCAGCCCUAGCCUAACAGUUGGAAGGGGAAAUUUAGAAAACAUAGCACGGGGUGGGGAAGGAAUUCUGAACGUGCACACUCAACCCGUGCAUUAAACCUUUUAACUGCCUUCUCUCCCUUCAUGUCCUGGUUAGCUUCAGUGCUGAGGGUUGCUGCAUCCGGAUUUAAUUCUCUUGAAAAAUGAGCACAUCUGGAAGAUGCACAUAGUAAAUAAAAACUGUGGCCUUUAAUCUUCCUGCAUGAUCUUUGAAUGGAGAGAACGUGUAACAUUUCUGCACUGUAACAGAAAAACCAGUCUGGCAAUAGUUGUUGCUGAUUCUUAAGUCUCAGGGAAUGUUUGCUGUAAUUGUUUUAAAGAAAUACUUUUUAUUUUAUGACCAUAAAACUAGCUUCUGAUCUUUUUUCUUGUUUACUGAAACAGACCUUUAAUGACAAUAAUCUGAAAGAUGUAAUGUGUUCUACUUUUAAACUUGUUCCUGUGGAAGAUUUUGUUUUAUGGGAGCCCAUAGGUUUCUCCUUGAUUCAAGAAACAUAUUGAUUAAUCAUAUUCUAAAGGAGUGGAUUUGCUGUUCUAUAAUGCUAUUAAAUUAAUUGCACACAGUA